AUGCUGUCGCAAAAGCCAGGGACAACUUCCUCGGGUUUCGCUGGUUUUCUGAAAUCCAUUCGACGUACCAACAAGGAUGCCAAGUUAUCUAGACACCCUGCCGGCAAUACCAUCAACGACAUUGAAUGCGAUUGGGUGAGGCAUAGCGCUCUUAAACUGGCAUUUGAAGGGGACUUUAAGGCUCCUCUUCAACGGUUAUUGCAGGCAGGAGGAAACGAAGUGUUGGAUAUUGGAUGUGGUUCCGGAUUUUGGACAAUGGACAUGGCCACCAAAUAUCGGCUGUCGCAUUUCACUGGCAUUGAUGUCGAUAAAAACAUUCUACCCACAAACAAUGUACCGAAGAACCUUCGUUUUUAUCAGGUCAAUCUGGUAGACACACCUUUACCGUUUGAGGAUUCUACCUUUGAUUACAUAUUCAUACGAGCAAUGAUCAGUACUCUUCCCGAUGAGGCGUGGGACUCGGUCUUGAACGAACUGGUACGCAUAAUGAAAAAAGGUGCUUACAUCGAAUGUAUCGAGGCGUAUCCGGAUUUAUUCGAAGCUGGUCCAGCCAUGACAACCAUUAUGAACUUGAAUCACUCCAGGGCGACGCCUGAAGCAUCGGUGUCAAACGGAUCAUCCUCUUCUCAAAUGGCUGCGGAUCAGCCCUCUCAUCCACAUGUUGCGAAUCAGAAUCCUUGGCCUAAUCGUCUAGCCGCUUGCAACCAGUUGGUAGGAAUGCAGAUCAAACACACUCAUACACCGGUUGGCGCGCAUGGAGGCGCAGUAGGCACUCUUUUACUAGAAUAUUGGGAUCGAUACAUUCAGUUACAAAAGCCGAUUUGGAUUCAGAACAAGAUGAUUUCAGAAAGCGAACUAAAGAACACUUUGAAAGUGCUACACAAGGAAAUCGAAGAAAACAAAACUUACAUGUCCUGGUAUUCAGUGACGGCUCAAAAGAGAGGUUACAAUGGUCCACUAAUUCAAUUUUCAGAUGCGGAUGCAUAA